AUGUCUGCUGAAGAAACAACUCACCAUAUCGUCGCCCUUGAGGCAAUUCACUGCCCAAUACCCGACUUCGACCUCCCAGGUCCACACACCAAGUCAAUCCACAAUUGGACCACGCCCGCAGAGCUCAGCGAACGGGUCAAAGAUGCCACAAUCGUGAUAACGACCACAAUCCGGCUCUCCGCCGAGAUUCUCAACGUUGAAAAAACUCCACGUCUGCGCCUAAUCGUGGUCCUAGCAUCCGGAACAGACUGUGUCGACAAAGAAGCCGCUAAAGCACGCGGAAUUCCCGUAUGCAAUUGUCCCGGCACGAAUAUCGAUAGUGUCAGUGAGCACGCGAUCGGAUUAUACUUCGCGACGCGGAGGAACCUGGUUAAAUUGACCAAUGCUGUCACGACUGUACCUGCAGAGGGCGAAACGGAGUGGAAAAAGAAGGGUUCUCUGCACCCACAACUGCGGACCGCGGAUGGCAAGGCUCCUUUACUAUGCAGCGAGGAGACGGUCGGAAUCAUUGGGUACGGCGCACUGGGGAAACGAAUCCAGAUGCUGGCAACGGCUCUGGGGAUGAAGGUGAUUAUAGCCGAGCGGCGAGGAGUGGAGCCUCGAGCAGAUAGGGUUUCCUUCGAAGAUGCCCUUCGACAAUCGACCGUGUUGAUACUAUGUCUACCGAGAACUCCUGAAACCGUGAAUAUGAUUUCAACAGAGGAACUGCGGAUGAUGCCGUGCCAAGCUGUGCUCAUCAACGUUGCUCGUGGGGGAAUAGUGGACGAGGAAGCGUUAGUCACAGCUUUGAAGCAGGGUGAGAUCUUUGGGGCGGGAAUGGAUGUUUAUGCGAAUGAGCCUGUUGGAAGGGGCGGGUCACCUUUGUUGGAGGCAGAUGGAUUGAAUCUGGUGUUGACUCCGCAUCUUGCUUGGCUUGCGGAGAGGACCAUGGGCAAUCUUCAGGCUGGCGUUAAGGCAACAGUUGAGCGCUGGUGUAUUGGUGAUAUGAUAAAUCGGGUAGCGUGA